CAGGAUCAGGCCCGGGGGGAGGCUGGUGGGCGCUUGCUGAAAUGGGGGCUGUGCUGAAGCCAGGGUUCGUCCGGCGAAUUUAUCGGGCUUCCCGGUGCCGCCAGGGAGGGGACGGAGGCGUCCCAGCCGGGCUCUGCGAGGGGACGCCCCGAGGAGAGGCGAUGAGGCGGAGCGGGUGGUGGAACGUGAGAAAGGGAACCGGAGGGAUGAGGUAAUACCGUGCCGUGAUGUCAUCCUCAUCGACAUAAAUUAUGUAGAGAAUAGUGUGUAUUAUAAUGCAUAACAGAAAACGAAACAAAAAAAAAAGAGAGAGAGAACCAAAAUUGGAUUUAUAUUUAAUGAGGAGAUACUAUAAAAAUAUCUUGUCCUAGCUCCCAUUUGCAAAAGUAUUUUUCAGCUGGAGGGAUAUCUAUUAUUUUUUUCUCUUUUCUUUCUUUCUUAAAAAAAAAAAAAUCUCCAUACAUACAAAGGCUCAGACUGUUACUAUUGUGAACCUCUUAAAUCAAAAUGCUCCAACCUGUUUAUUUGGUAUUUGAAGGGUUUAUUUUGAUGCAUUUACUGGUGUUUUUUAAAGAGAGAGAGAGGAGGGAAAAAAAGAUUAAGAUUUUAAAAUUAGAACAUUUCUUUAUAAUUUAAUAUUCUAUUUUAAUAAAUGCAUUUAUUACAUGUAAAUGUAGCAAGGAACUGGGCUAAUAAAAAUACUUUUUAUUAGGUAAUUUAUUAUAAGAAAAAAGGAUAUUUUAUUUUAUGAUAAAGUGAUCCUUAAAAGUUUAGAAGGUUUAGAAUAUAUGUAGGUUAAAAAAUACAUUUGUAUCCAGAGUAUUGCUUAAAAAGUGUUUUUAAUAUAUGUUUCCUUUUUCGUGUGUGCGUGUGUGUAUGUAAAAGGUGAUAGUUAUGGUGCAGAUAGCCCUUUCCAGGAAUAAGAAAUUAACACAGUUGGAUGUAUUUAAAAAUGAAAAAAAAAAGAAAAAAGCGAAAAAAAAAAAGAAAUUACAAACCGGAGAAGUGAAAUAGACAAAACCACUACGACUCGGAGCCGCGUGGUCGGUUCCCAGGCCCUGUCCUGAGGUCGCUCGGUGCCGUCCGUCCCCGCGCCCGCCGCCGGGUGACCUCGCUUUGCUCUGACGGUGGCUGCUUCGGGGAGAAAAAGGGCUUUUUUGGAGCAGGCUGGGCACGCUCAGAAAGCCAAACUCACCUUUCUCGCCCCUUCCGCCCUCCUUUCUCGCUCGUUUUCCUGCAGACCCCAGCCUGCCCCAGAUUGCCAACGGGGAAAUGUUGCCAUUGACGCGUUUGGAAGCGGGAUUUGGGGCGAACCCGGCGUAAAACCGCUUCUCGCCCAGCGUGGGAGGCUCCGCGGGGCCCGUGGGUGCGCGGGGCCGCUCGGCGCUGGGGCAGCUCCGGCCCCUGCCUCCCCUGGGCCGACUUUGGCUCUGUCUCCGCAGCCCUGGGUGCACCAAACUCGAACCCGUCCCCAACCAGGAGGGCACCGGGACACGCAGCGAGCUGUGCCCGUCCCCACCGGGCUGGCAGGGCCCAGGCCCCGUGGCCACCCCGCGGACGGGAGCCCGCCAGGGGUCUCGUCCCGCAUCCCGCAGUCGCGAGGCGGCGGGGAUGCUUCUGCUCUGUUGCCUUUCAAAGAAGCAUGUUAAAAUAAGAUUUUUUUUUUUCCUGUUUGUUUGUUUUUAACCAAAAAGGAGAAGAAGAAGAAAAAAAAAGUUUGCGUUGAUGGGUAUUAAAAAAAAAAAAAGUUAAAAUAAUAAUAAUAAACGCUCAAAUUUAUUUCAUAUAAUCCUAGAGUAAAGAUUAAAAUAAAAUUAACUAGUUCAAAUAGUAGAUGCUAUCCAUAUUGUUUAAUCUAUAGUAGAUCCAAGUGAUCCCAGACAGAGCAGAAUGUAAAGUAAACUUGUAAACAAGAUCAGUUAUCAUUUUUAACUUCCCCAGAAAUUCCAUCUUUUUUUGGUACUAUUUUUCUGAAGCAAACACAUCGACGAACGAAAAGCCUAACAAAAUAUCCGACCACCGACUGGUACCUUCUGUCAAAGUCCUGAAGUUUUUUUUAUAGAGGGGGAAAAAAAAAAAAAAAAAAAAAAAAGGGAUCUAAUAAUAUGUAUUUUUUUAAAAAGAUGCGUUUGGGUUUUUAUGUUGCUUUUUUAAUAAAAAGUAUAAGGAUUUGGCUAGUCACUGAACAAAAUAAGAAAGUUUUAGGCCAUUAUUUUUGCCUUAUUCUGACCUCCAGCCUCCGGCCUGGAGCACGGAAAUGGAAAUUUCAGAAAAAAAAAAAAAAAAAGCGCUAAAAGUCAGAAUCUCGUUGCUGUUAACUUUUCUCGCGCCGUUUGUGCUUUUGGAGCUCCUCCAGGCACUCGAGGUGUCGGCGGGUCCCUGUGACGGUGGCGGGGACCGUCCCUGGUCGGGCGGAAAGGAAAAUUGGGCGCGGGUGAACUCCCCUCUGUAAGGUGACGGCCAGAGCUGGCGGCAGCGAGGUGCCGGUGCCGAGCGCGGAGCCGUGCUGAGCACGCCCUGCUCCGCGCUCGGAGCACGGGACGUUAGGGUUUGGUUCGUUCCCUUUGGUUUUCGGGCUUUUUUUGCUUGCUUUCUUGGUUAUAUCUCGACCCAGCAAGGGGAAGGGUUGUGCCGGGAGCGGGCGGCGUACGGCUUGGGUUGUGGGUGCUUCAUGAGCGGCUGGCAGCGAUGCCAGCUCCGGCUCAGUGGCUUUUUUUCGGUGCUGGAGGCUGCGGUGGAGGGAGCCAAGGCUCAGCCCUUGAGCGCUGGGACUGCGGCGAGAUAUUCGCCCUCUCCUUCGCUUGUACCAGGAGAGACGAGCCCUGGCUGGUCGGACCCUGCUCCGUGCGCGCCCAGCAUCGGAGGCUGCUUCUCGCUGCACUGACCCCCUGUUUACACGCGAUGAUGCUAAAAUAAAUGACCUAGUGCAAGCUCCGUUGUUCGUGGAGGCAGUGGAGCAUUGCCAAGAAAACACCCUCGCAAGGUGGCUGGUUACCUCCGGGUUUAGCUCUUGCUCCUAUCCUCGGUGUCGUGGCUCAGCCGGAGCGAGCCCUGGCUGUCCCGCGGUUCAGGAGCAUCCGCCAGGAUCCCAAAGCCUUCGACAACCACAGCGGCCACCCCAGCGCCCGCACCCGGGGCGGGACGAGGCAGCCGCUUACCAGCAUUCAGCAAAGCCAUGCAAUAGGUUAGGACAGGAAGCGAAGACAGUUCUCAUUCGGUUUCUGCGUAUAGCACUGUGAAUCCGAGAUCGCUCGCUGCGCCCGCCCCGUCAGCCCAGCGCCGGUUCGGGGACGCGGAGGCACGACCCCUCCACCCGGUCCUUCCCCGCGGGGCAGCGAGCGGCCUGUUUGCUCUUUCAUUUUCAUUUUACCUCAUUUUUUUUUUCUUUUCUUUUUUUAUUUUUUCGGUUUUGAUACUUGAAGAGUCAGUGCUUGACAUUGUGCAGCGGCGCCCUGGACUGGAGAGCGGAUGCACUUUAUAGUCGCUUGUCCAUGGCUCGUGGGGGUCCCAUCCUGCCUCUGCCGCGUCCCCGCAAAGGUUUCCCUCGGUGUCAGCACCGCAGAGCCAGGAUGGGCAGGUUCUUCCAAAAAAAAAAAAAAAAAACAAACACAAAAAACAACCUUUCUAGGAUGUUUAUGAAUGGUCUGUGGUGUGUUGGGGGUCGAAACUCGGAGCCGUGUUCUGCUGUCAGUCGGCCCGGCCGAGGUUGGGCAGCCUCAGCCUCGGUCCCUGCGCCGCUCGCCCGCUUCGGUGGGGUUACUCCACGGGAAGCCGAAGUCCCUUCGGGCCUGGCAGGCUGCGGCGUCCGUGCUGGACCCGGGCCAGCAUCGCUUCAGGGCCGCUAAUGGAGCAAAUUGAAUGUCACCCCCGGUAAAGUGACACUAAUGUGAAAUCUGGAGUUGUUCCACCGCUGUCUGCGCAGCUACGCAGGGAUAAAAUAAUAAUAAUAAUAAUAAUGAAAUCGUGUCCCCACCCUGCCCGGCGGUGGCGGUGCCGGUUCACCGGGCGGCUGAUGGCAGAACGCGUCCUGGUCUCGCGGCGAUGCUUGGGGACAACUCGUUGAGGACUGGGGCAGGGGCAGAGCAGCGCCGCGUGGCCGCGGGGUCUUCCCUCAGCUCCCAGCAGCGGAGAGGGAGCGGCGGACGCAACCUGCUUUGCUCAGCUGUGAGACGAUCGGCCCUUUUGGAUGUUUUUUUUCCCUUUUUCCUUAUGAAUUCUCUUCAAGAGAAUUGUAAAGAAAGGGGAAAAAGAAAACAAAAAAAAAAAGAGCCAGGGGUCAGAUCCUGUUUUGCAGUUGAGGGUUUGCUCCUGGGUUAAGCAGGCGUGAAAGGCAGUGGGAUUUGACGGCUGGGCGCGUGGUGCCGGCUCAUCUCGGCGUCGGCUGCAAUUUCCUCCGGCUCUUCCCGGUAUUGGAGGUCCCAGCUCCAGUUCGCUGCCGCUGGGGCUCCAGCAAAGCAUCUCUGGGGCCUUUUCCCCGUUUCUCGAGCAAAACCUCAGCCUCCAGGGAGCUUCCAGGGGAGCUCAGCCCAUGCCAGCCCCGCGCAGCCCUCGCUCGCCAAGUGCCACUGAACUUUCUCUCGCCCUCGCCCCAAAACGCCCAACGAGUCCACGUGCAUCCGCUUUUUUCCACGGAGCUGCCGGUGUCGGCCUCGGCGUCCCGACCGUGGCCCCUCCGCUUAAAGUCCGUUCCCUGUUACGUUGUGUUUUCCUUUUUUUUUUUUUUUUUUUUUUUUUUUUCCUUUUCACGUCAUAGGAAACCUGUAGUCGGGAUUGUUACUAUUGGAAACCGAUCACAUGUUCCAUCCAGGUAUUUUCAUCUCUCCGGCAUUACGCAAAAAUAAAGGCCUGAGAGAGAGAUAUAACCGAACAUAGAAGUAGAGUUAGGCUCGUUGUCUGAGUUUUUGAGGCAUAUAGUAUAAGGGGAGAAGGAAAAAAAAAAAAAUUAAAAUAAAAAAUUAAAAUAAUGAUGUUGCACAACUUGUAGAAAACAAAGAAGGGAAAGGGUUAAUGUAUUAAAUGUGCUAAAUUACAUUAAGAACUUAAUUUUAUUAAAGUAUUAUUACUUAAGAAACUUGGUAUCUGCUCUUGUUUUCUGUCUGUUCACGCUCUGGGAAGGGCUCCAGCAGCGGCGGGUGGGAGCGGGGCCCUGCUCAGAGCAAAGGGAUUUUAUUUCCACGGCGAUCCCAUCCCCUGAACCUGCUGCCACCCUCAGCCCUGGCGGUGAGUUCCCGUCUCCGUGAGCUUUGGGUCACCCUCUCUGCCACGCCGUUCUGGCAGGAAUUGUAUAAAAAUGGAGGAAUUGGAGCAAAAAUGGAGCUAAAAGCCGCGACACCCUGGGGACGUGGCGGUGCCCGGCGUCACGCUGCGCCAGGGGGGGUCCAGCCAAGGGUUAGGUGCUGCCACGGUGGCUGUUCAAAAAGGGUUAAAAUCAAGUAAAAAUGGGGCUGGCCCCACACUUCCUCCCUACCCUGCUCCUCUUCGUGCCCUUCCUCGCCUGGGGAUGCCGCCGAGCUGCCAUGUGCCAAGGCAGAGGGAACAACGGGGCUGGAGCUGGCGCGGUUCCUGGGCUCAAGCAACGACCCCAGCAGGCAGAAAAAGCCUCCAGCAGCAACUUUAUUUUAGGAUUCUGUCCAAAUUUGUCAAUAAACCAUCCUCCAAGGCAAAAUCCUGCCAAGUGGGACGGGGUGACCGUGGGCAGAUGUGGAAAGAGACCCACACAUGCUGGGGAUGUGCUCCUGGGCUGGGACAAUGGGAUGGGAUGGGGUGGGAUGGGACGGGAUGGGAUGGGAUGGGAUGGGAUGGGGAUGGGAUGGCCCCUGCAGCCCCCGCAUUGCCCCCUGCCCAUCACGCCAGUGGCACCGGCUCUGUCCCCUGGGCAGGGGGAUCGGGGCUGGCAGCCCCCUGUGAGCGCAGCACACGCUCCAUCUAGUGGCAGCCUCAUCGCCAGGCUGCGCCCUGCUGUCCCCGAGUCCCUCGUCCUCACCCCACAGCCCCAAAAGUGGCAAAAUCUUUCAAAAUCCCCCCAUCCCGGGAGCCCCUUUUCCCCUCCUCGUGCAUCCCAGCACCCGGCCGAAGGACAGGGCAGCUUUUUGCUCUGUUCUGGCUGCGCUGCAGGGGUGCCUCAAAGGGGCUCAGGGCACAAAAACGGGGCCCAAGGAGGGAAUCGCCCCCUGCACCCCCCCCCCCCAGCAAGGUGCCCCAUCCACACCCAGAGCCGUGCCCGGGGCUGGGUGCACCCCGUCUCUUGGAGGCAGAAAGAAGGGUGCACCCUGGCCCCCCACCAUCCCCAAAACCUUCCCCAAAGGGCUGCACCCAUGGGUGCCACAAAAACCUGGGUACCGGGCAAGGGAUUCGCUGCGUUUGGGCUUGUUUGGUGUCACCCUAAGGUGACUUCGGGGCUGGAGAAAGCAAGGACGUGA